GUGACGGUGCGGGACGCGCUAAACCAGGCGCUGGAUGAGGAGCUGGAGCGGGACGAGCGCGUCUUCCUGCUGGGCGAGGAGGUGGCCCAGUACGAUGGCGCCUACAAGAUCUCCAGGGGCCUCUGGAAGAAGUACGGGGACAAGAGGGUGAUCGACACCCCGAUAAUGGGCUUCACGGGAAUCGCUGUCGGUGCUGCUAUGGCGGGGUUGAGACCAGUGUGUGAAUUCAUGACGUUCAACUUCUCCAUGCAAGCCAUUGAUCAGGUUAUAAACUCCGCUGCCAAGACCUGUUACAUGUCUGCCGGAGCAAUCGCUGUUCCCAUUGUGUUCCGGGGCCCCAACGGGGCAUCGGCUGGAGUCGCGGCUCAGCACUCGCAGUGCUUCGCAGCUUGGUACGGGCACUGCCCCGGACUGAAAGUUGUUAGUCCUUGGAGCUCGGAAGAUGCCAAAGGUCUGCUGAAAGCGUCAAUCCGGGAUGAUAAUCCAGUUGUGAUGCUGGAAAAUGAAUUACUCUAUGGUGUGCCCUUUGAGAUGUCUGAACAGGCACAGUCAAAGGAUUUCAUUGUUCCAAUUGGAAAAGCUAAAAUAGAAAGGCAAGGAACUCAUGUUACAUUAGUUUCACACUCAAGACCCGUUGGACACUGUUUGGAAGCAGCUGCUGUACUUGCCAAAGAAGGUGUAGAGUGUGAGGUUAUAAAUCUGCGUACCAUUCGACCAAUGGAUAUUGAAACAGUGGAAGCCAGUGUUGUAAAGACAAACCAUCUUGUAACUGUAGAAGGAGGUUGGCCGCAAUUUGGAGUAGGAGCUGAAAUCUGUGCCAGGAUCAUGGAAGGAUCUGCCUUUAACUACUUGGAUGCUCCAGCUGUACGUGUUACUGGUGCAGAUGUUCCUAUGCCUUAUGCAAAAAUUUUAGAAGAUAACUGCAUACCUCAAGUGAAGGAUAUAAUAUUCGCAGUGAAGAAAACUUUAAAUAUCUAAGUUGUAAAUACAUGUUUUAUAGUUCUGCUUUAAAUAGUUGUGUAGGGCAAGAUGUAUGCAUAACUUUGUUGUAUAACUACAUGAACUUUUGUACAGUGGGGAAAGUAUAGCAACCUCCCAGAAUAUUUAUAUGGGGUUACCCUGUAAGCCACACUUCGUAUAAGCAGCAAUGUGGUAAUGCUUGUUUGUUCACAGUACAGGUGGGUUAGUGCUAUUCUGUGUAGAGAAAGCUGAUUCAAAAUU